AUGCUGCGGGUGUGGAAGGCUUCUGGCGAAGAACUGACUUCAAUCUCAAAGGCGGAGCUCGUCCAGAUGGCAGAAGCAGAUGGCCUGCCUGUGAGGGCCAUGAAGCGGCACCUGCAUCAGCUUUGCAGGCAGCCUAGGUUCCGGCAGAGACUGCUGUGGGCAGAUGGCUCUGAACUGACGGACAGCUUGAACUUGGACGAUCUCCAAGCCGGGCUGCAGGAUUUGCAGCUUGUGCUGCUUCCUUGUGCUGAAACCUCCAGCGAGCAAAUCAAUGAGCUAGCUGAAGCCGCGCGGAAUGACAAUGUGCUUGAUGUUGAGGCCAUUCUCCACAGACCUCAAGAUCCGGAUUUGGGCACAGCCUUGCAUGAAGCCUCCGUGUGCGGAAGUCUUGAGGUGGCAGCUUUGUUGGUGGAAGCUGGGGCAAGUAUCGACACUCAGCGGUGGGGUCCUGAUGAGCAGACUCCCCUGCACUUGGCUUCUGCACAUGGCCACUUGGAUGUGGUUCGCUUUCUCGUCCAUGGUGGUGCCGAGAAGAGCAUGUUGGAAAAUCAGGGGCAGACUCCUCUUCACCUGGCUUGUUCGAACGGGCACUUGGAUGUGGUUCGUUUCCUCCUGCUGGGUGCGGGCCCCAGCAUUGACAUGCCUGGGAGUGAUGGAAAUACACCUCUUCACUUGGCUUCUGCAAACGGGCACUUGGAUGAGGUCCGCUUUCUGGUGCUGGAUGCAGGUGCUAAUGUGCACAUGCACAAUGAUGAUGAAGAGACUCCGGUUCAUCUGGCUUCUUCAAACGGGCGCCUUGAGGUGAUCCGUUUCCUAGUGAACGAUGCUGGGGCCGACAUAGACUCCCUCAACAUUGCAGGACGGACUCCUCUUCACCUGGCUUGCGCACAUGGUCGCUUCGAGAUAGCCCGCUUCCUCGUGGCAGCAGGCGCCGACAUCGACCAAACGGAUGAUCAGCAACUCACUGCUUUGGAGCACGCGUCUUCCUGUGGGAACCCUGCUAUUGUUGACUUCCUGCAGCGAGCGCACCUCAACAAGGCCCUGCGGCGUACGAAACUUGAGUUCCUACCCUGA